AUGGAUGCAUAUGCGAGUAUCGGUGAUUUGGCGCGUGAGGAUGCACCACAGGUACAUGCUCUUGUUGAUCGAGGAGCUCGAUCGACCCUUCGUGUCUUGAGAAAUGGUUUAGAGGUACCGAACGAGCUUUCUUCUUAUUUUCAUAUAUGCGGAUUGAUAUCUUGA